GAUUGAGACCGAAACCUCCUUGACUUUGCCACCCUCCCAUCUCUUUUAUAAGAAACCUUCCCUCACGUCUCUCUCUCUUCAUCACACAAAGUCUACGCCUUUUUCUUCCUCUAAGCUCUUCCUUGUUGCUCUGCUUCUUAAUUUCUGGUUCUCUAGCUACUAUGGCCAUAGAUCUGGUCGGCUUCUCCAAGAUGGACGAGCAUACGGCUAUACAACAAGCAGCAUCGGCUGGGUUGAAGAGCAUGGAGCACCUCAUCUCCCUACUCUCCCAUCCGGCUCCUCAAGGUCAAUACCUCGGCCUCAACCACGACCACCCCCAGCUAGACUGUCGUGAAAUCGCUGACUUUACUGUCUCCAAAUUCAAGCAGGUUGUUUCCAUUCUAAACCGGACCGGCCACGCCCGCUUCCGCCGCGGACCGUCUAAUCCUCCUUCCUCUUCUUCCGGACCUGCGUACCCGGUCGAAGGCCCCGAGAUCCGGCCGCAACAACCUCAGACCUUCACGCUCGAUUUCGCAAAACCUAAAGCUACUACUUUCGAGUCGCGGUCGGAAUUGUCGGCGAUUCAGUACUCAAAGGAGCGCUUCAGCAUAUCUCCACCCGUUUCCUCCACGACUUCUUCCUUUAUGUCAGCGAUUACCGGAGACGGCAGCGUGUCCAAUGGUAAACUAGGUACCUCGCUCCUCGUAGCUCCAACCACUACCUUCUCAGCCGGAAAACCGCCUCUGUCGUCAUCUCACCGUAAAAAGUGCAACGUGGAUCAUUCUCUUGCCGGCGUGGUGGCAAAGAUCUCUUUGUCCGGUAGUUGCCAUUGCUCCAAAAGAAGGAAAUCAAGAGUUAGGAAAACUAUCAGGAUACUGGCUACAAGCUCGAAGAUCACCGAUAUACAACCGGACGAGUACUCGUGGAGAAAGUACGGUCAAAAACCGAUCAAGGGCUCACCUUAUCCACGAGGGUAUUACAAGUGCAGUAGCGUGAAAGGGUGCCCGGCUAGGAAGCACGUGGAGAGAGCGCAAGACGAUCCGAAGACGCUGAUCGUAACCUACGAAGGGGAGCACCGUCACCCACACACUCCGAUUCCCGCUGCGAGUUUCGUGCAUCAGUCGGCGUGAUACACACGUUGGGACCCGGGAUUGGAAUCAUCCUUAAUAGAACGGCGGGGAUUGGGCCGUGACGCCAGCCCGGCACCAUCUACCGUGACGGUAGUUUUGCCAGAUGAAAUUGGUUAAGAGAGUGAGAAAAUGGGAGAGAAAGGAAUUAUAGUCAACUAUGCUGGGUGGUGUGGUGGGCUCACGCUUGGGGAUUAGUCAAAAAAGAAUGUUAGAUCCGUAGAUGAGAGAGAGAGGAGAUUGGAUUCCGAAUUUCAUGAAUAUAUAUAUUUUAGUUGCGGAAAAUGCUUUACUUAUAAUUGUAAAAUCUUACUACAUGUGUACACUGUAUAUACUCCCAUCGAAAGCCCACCUUUCUUUUUUGAA